AUGAUUUUCUCAACAUCCUCUUCCGCAACCUCACCUUUGCUCUCCCUAACCACCACCCCACUCCCCACACUCAAAAUCCUCGUUUCAAACGUUUACCGAUGGAUAAACCGUGACCGCAAGCUGACCAUCAAAUAUGCUACACGCAUUCGACAAGCAAUGGCACGUGUUCUCGAAGCCGUUGAACAAGGUACCAUGACGUUACAUCCAACACUACAAACCCACACCACUGCCGACAACCCACUUAGCUCCAAUCCACCAUUGCCCGAUUUGAACUCAUGGUGUCUACCAUCCAAGGAAUAUCCCGCUUCACGUUCCACAACAACCACCUCGUUAUUACGUCACCAAAGCUGA